AUGCUCAUGGCCUCCUCAUCAACUCUUUUCCUUUCCAUUUCUUUCUUCAUCACACAAGUUUUUUCCCUCAAUUUGGUCAUAAAAUCAACACUUAUGUACCCAUUAACUUGUUCUAACUACAAUCAUACAUGUGAUUCCUAUCUGUACCACAUUUCUAAAGGCCAUAAACCCGAAGAAAUAGCUUCGUUCUACUCCGUUAACGCCUCUAGAAUCAUGCCCAUGAAACACAAUUCGGAUAUUGAUUAUCUAGUUUCGGUUAAAUGUCGUUGUGAGCAAGAUGAUAGUGGCCACGGAUACUAUUUGUAUAAUUCAGUUUAUGAACGGAAACCAGGAGAAAGUGUUGAGUAUAUAUCUGAUGAGUAUUAUAGCGGGCAAGUAUGGAAGUUUGGUGGAGAAGAUGAAGAAGAACUUACCGUACGUCUUGUUUGUGGGUGUAUAGAAAACGAAGCUCAAGAAGUUGUCACGUACACGAUCCAAUCCAAAGACACGUUGAUCGGUAUUUCUGAUCUUCUAUCUGCAAAAGAGGCUGAGGUUGAGAAUCUGAACAAGAUUUUGACUAAAGAUCCGAAUUAUAUGGAUGUCGGGUGGGUGCUUUUUGUACCACGAGAGAAAAACCAGAUCGAAGCCUCGAGAUCGAAAUCGAAGAGAAGGAGGAUGAAGACUUGGACGCUAAUCUUAAGUGUAGUAUCGGCUCUGGUUCUGCUUAUGGUGGCUUUCUUGGUCUUGUUUCUUCUUAGAAAAAGAAGGGCUCAAAGAACCAAGAAAGAUGAAUCGAAAUCCUUCAGAAAGAGUCUAAACGCUGAGAAAACGACCCUGGAAAAUCAUUUUCUGAAUAUGGACAUGGAAGAGGCAGCAUCAAAUAUCGAGUCUGAAAAACCAGUUAUUAUUAGUCUGGAGGAGAUCGAGCUGGCUACAAAUAGUUUUGAUGAAACCAGGAAAAUAGGCGAAGGUGGAUACGGUAGUGUGUACUUUGGCAUAAUAAGAAAAAGGGAUGCUGCAAUAAAGAAGAUGAGAUCUAACAAGUCAAAGGAGUUCUUUGCAGAGCUCAAGGUUCUUUGCAGGAUUCAUCAUAAUAAUGUGGUGCAACUACUAGGAUAUGCAAGCGGUGACAACCAUCUAUAUUUGGUAUAUGAAUACGUCCCGAAUGGAACACUUAGCGACCAUCUUCAGGAUCCUUUACUAAAAGGUCACCAACCGCUUUCGUGGACUGCUAGAGCAAGUAUUGCACUUGAUGCUGCAAGGGGAAUCGAGUACAUUCAUGAUCAUACAAAGGCACGCUAUGUUCAUCGAGAUAUUAAGACAAGUAAUAUACUUCUUGAUUUGGGACUCAAAGCAAAGGUUGCGGAUUUUGGACUGACCAAAUUCGUUGAACGAGCAAAUGAGGACGAUUUCGUAGCUACUAGAGUUGUGGGUACACCUGGUUAUCUAGCUCCCGAGUCAAUAAGCGAAAUGCAAACCACAUCAAAAACUGAUGUUUUUGCUUUCGGUGUGGUUCUAGCAGAGUUGAUAACAGGUCAACGAGCACUUGCACGUGAUAAGCAGGACCCGGCCAGGCUCAAGACACUAGUUUCAGUGAUUCGUGUAAUAUUCCAACAUCAAGAUUCGGCAGAAGCCUUGGAAGCUCAAAUUGACAACAAUUUGAAAGGAAGCUACCCAAUAGAAGAAAUCAACAAGAUGGCAGAAACGUCUUUCCUGUGUUUGAGCGAAGAUCCGGCUAAUAGACCAGAGAUGCGCGAGGUUGUCUCAAUUUUGGCCCAAAUAGUGAUGGCGUCGAUAGAAUGGGAAGCAUCACUGGGUGGGACGAGCCAGGUUUUCAGUGGAUUGUUCAAUGGAAGAUGA